AUGCGUUCAACCAGUCUUUUUGCCGUGGUAACCCUAGGCGCCGUGGCCUCUGCCUAUCAACUUCCCGCCAAUCUCAAGAAAAUCUAUGAUCAACACAAGGCCGGAACAUGCUCCAAUAAACUUUCAGGGACCUUCAGUGGCGGCGCGACGUACUGCGGAGAUCUCCCUAAUGCCAUCUUCCUCAAGGGAAGCAACGGCAACUAUGACAACAUGGACAUUGACUGCGACGGCGCCAAUAACUCGGCUGGCGGCUGCGCAAACGACCCUACUGGCCAGGGGCAGACUGCGUUCAAGGACACCGUCAAGACGUACGGUAUUCCUGAUCUUGAUGCCAACCUCCACCCCUAUGUAGUCUUUGGAAAUGAGGGCGCCAGCCCGUCUUUCAACCCGCAGAGCAAGGGCAUGAAGCCUCUUAGCGUCAUGGCCGUCGUGUGCAACAAUCAAGUGUUUUAUGGAGUCUGGGGCGACACCAACGGAUUCACUUCCACCGGAGAGGCGUCGCUGGCCCUUGGCAAGCUUUGCUUCCCCAACGAGGGCCUUUCUGGCGACAAUGGCCAUGACCCCAAGGAUGUUCUUUACAUCGGCUUCACCGGAGGCGACACGGUUCCUGGCAAGAGCGGUGCAAAUUGGAAAGCAAAGAAGACGGCCGAUUUCGAGGCUAGUAUUAAGGCCUUGGGCGACAAGCUCGUCGCGCGCCUUUAG